AUGGAUGUGGGAAAGAGACGCUGUAAACCCCCCUGGGCCGGGAAGGGAGCAGAUCCGAGGAGCAGGGAGGCAGAGGCGGCGCCUGUUUACAGACGCCUUCACCUCCCCCACCCCGCAGACUCGGGGGGGGGGGGGUCCAGCAGCGUUUCCCGGGCGCUGUCCCCUCCCAGCCCGGCCUCGCAGUCUCGGAGCAGCUGGACAGCCGGCUGGCCCCCUCCCUCCCUCCCUCCCUCCGGCCGCAGCCUCGCUCGCCCUCCCCAGGUCCCGAGCAGCGUCCGCACCUCCCACGGCCUACCCGCCCCGCAGGCCCUCCAGGCGGCUGGCCGAGGCCUAGAGGCCGCUGGCCACGAACUAAUCCCCGGCCGCCGGCGGGGCCCGAGGCCGGCCGGGCGGGCGGACGCGGCCCAGGAGCAGAGGACGGGCGGGGACAACCCCUUCCUCGCCGCCGCUGCCCAUUGUUCCCGACCGAGCCCGGGCCGCCCCGCUAGCUCCCGGGCCGCCGCCGCCGCUCACCGCGCUGGUCCGAGCAGAAGCUCCUCUCAGCUCCGAGUCCCGGCGGCCGUCGCCACCGCCGCGGCAGCCACCGCCACCGCCGCCGCCGCCGCCGCCACCGUCGACUCCGACUCUGUCCCAGGCCGCCGGGCCCCGGCCGCCGCCACCGCCAGUGCCGCCUGCGAGCCCCCACCUGCUGCUGCGGAGGCCGCUUGGGCAGCAGGGGCCAUCUUGUUGGUCGGCCUCCUCUUCCUCCUCCUCCUUCUCCUCCUCCUCCUCCGCCCGGUCGCUCUAGUCUUCGUCCCCUUCCUCUUCCUCGGGCUCCCGCUCCCGCCCCGGAGACUGGGCGGGGACCAGGGCGAGGCCCCACCUUCCGGGGCGGGGCCAGCGGGGGCGGGGCUAGAGAAGGGCGGAGUCAGCGGAGGCGGGGCGGGCGCGGGAGGGUCGCUCUGAGUCACCUUCCGCCGACGCCACGCCCGACGGGGAGGCGGGCGACGCGCACCGCCCGGAGCCCCAGCGCACCGCGCCGGAGCGGAAGAACUGGUCCCGGGUCCGCACGGCCCGGCCACCGGCGCCUCCGCGCCCAGCCAGCAGGUGGCCCGACGGCGAAGGUGCCACCCCCCUAUCUAUGUUUCUCCUUACAAGGCUGAGAAAACGACCAGCUUCAGUGACCUCAGGAAAAAGCCCAGGGCCCUUUCGUUUUUAAGGAAUUACUGUCAAUUGCUAUGGGAAACAAAUAUGUGGUCAAAAGAAGCUGACCAAAAUGGGGAAGUAGCAAUAUGCACAAAUUUUCAAGGUGAGCCAGCUGGGCUGCAUGGGCUCAGGAAACAAGUUCAGAAGCAAAAGGAGAGCCCUUGGAGUUUAGGAGAGAGAAAGACAAAGAUCCUUAGGGAGAGAAGAAAAUUAGAAGUUCGAUGGCAGAAGUGCAACUGUAUUUGGAGUGAGAUGGAACAAAGGAUCGGUCCAGUCCAUAAAGCAAAUAAUUAGCUUCCAACAGACAGAAUAAUGGAAUGACCUCUCCAGGGUUUGAGUUUUUUACUUCUGUCAUUUUUGCAUCUUGGGCAUUUGAGUAUAUUUACUUUGGUUAAAAAUCAUGCUUGGUUUUAAAUAUAAAACCAUAGUUGCCAUGUGUAGGUUUAUGGUGCAAAAUUUGGGAAAAGCUCAAAGACAAUACUUUCAGAAGAAAGAAAACACUCAGAAUGAAUUUCAAGUUCAGUUAACAAAGCACAGAAAAGUAAUAGUAAAAAAUUAUCACAUUUUUCACUAUUUA